AUGGCGGUCCAGUCUAAACUGCUGCCGCCCGACCGCUCCGUCAAACAGAUCCUCUCCAGCCUCACCUCCCUCUACCUCCGAAACCGCACGCGUAUCUCCCGCGGUGUAUACCUCGCUCUCUUUGCAGCCCUUGCCAAACGAAUCCAUAAUGCCAUUUCCGAGCAAAAGGCUGCCUCUCAGCAGGUGGAGCUGCGAAGACGUCCCGGCACAAGCAGCCUAGGCGACGAGGAACAACCACGUAAGAAACGAGUGGAGAUCAACCGCGAGUUCUUCAAGAGCUUGCUCCGUCUGCUGAAAAUUGUGAUACCGGGAUGGCGCAGCAAGGAGCUGCGGCUUCUCGUGAGCCACAGCGUCUUCCUCGUGCUGAGGACGCUCCUCAGUCUGUACGUCGCGGAGCUAGACGGCAGGCUGGUGAGCAACCUCGUGCGGGGAAGGGGCAAGGAUUUCCUGCUUGGGCUCUUCUGGUGGAUGAUUGUGGCUGUUCCGGCAACAUUUACAAACUCGAUGCUCUCAUACCACCAAUGCAGGCUCGCCCUCUGCUACCGGAAACGCUUGACCGACUACAUCCAUGAUAAAUACUUGUCAAAUAUGACCUUCUAUGCCAUUUCCGCCCUAGAUGAUCGGAUUAAAAACCCCGACCAGCUGGUCACAGUCGAUGUGUCUCGUUUCUCCGACAGCCUAGCAGAGCUGUACUCUAACUUGGCCAAACCAAUUCUGGACAUGGCCAUCUAUAACUAUUCCCUCUCGAAGAAUGUCGGAGGAGAAGGCCUGUUUAUCAUGAGCUUACUGGUACAGCUCUCGGCCAACGUCAUGCGCAUGCUAACGCCGCCGUUUGGCAAGUAUGUUGCUGACGAGGCCCGACUCGAAGGAGAGUUCCGUUUCCUCCACUCUAGGCUUAUUGACUAUAGCGAAGAGGUGGCCCUCUACCAUGGCCACGAGGCCGAGAAAGAUACUCUCGACAAGGGCUAUUUCACCUUGAUUAAGCAUGUGAAUCGCAUUUUGCGCCGGCGCUUGUACCAUGGAUUCAUGGAAGAUUUUGUGAUCAAAUACUUCUGGGGUGCUCUUGGCUUGAUUCUUUGCAGUGUGCCCGUUUUCUUCAAGAUCCCCGGUCAGAUCACUCAGACUAUGGGAGACCGGACUGAAAACUUUGUCACUAACCGACGGAUGCUGUUAUCAUCGUCUGAUGCCUUCGGCCGUCUCAUGUUCUCAUACAAGGAGAUCUCGGAACUGGCAGGUUUCACAGCCCGAGUGUCAUCCUUGCUAGAAGUGAUGGAUGACCUGGUCGCGGGUCGAUUUGAGAAGAAGCUGGUGUCAUCGGCAUCGACCGAGGAGAAUGCAGCAGUGCUGUCCGGUCGUGGUAAGAUCAUGGAAAGUGAUUCUAUCGAGUUCACCGAUGUACCGAUCGUCUCACCCAACGGAGAUGUUUUGAUCCGCAAGUUGUCCUUUACUGUUCACCCAGGCGACCACCUCUUGAUUGUUGGACCCAACGGGUGCGGUAAGUCCUCCUUGUUCCGUAUUCUGGGUGGACUUUGGCCAGUCUACGGCGGUUCCGUCAAGAAACCUCCAUUCCAAGACAUUUUCUACAUCCCGCAGCGUCCGUACCUGUCUCGCGGAACGCUUCGACAACAGGUCACUUACCCCGAUGGUGUACGUGAGAUGCGCGCCAAGGGUGUCACCGAUGCGGACCUCCAUGAGGUUCUAUCAGUGGUCGAGAUCGCGUCUGUCGUCGAUCGUCCUGGCGGCUGGGACGCUGAGGAAGAAUGGCGCGAUGUAUUGUCGGGUGGUCUGCAACAGCGCAUUGCGAUGGCCAGAUUGUUCUACCACCGGCCCAAGUUCGCCAUUCUAGAUGAAUGCACGUCCUCCGUCACUUUGGAAAUUGAGAAGGUCAUGUACGAGACGGCCAAGAAGCUUGGCAUCACUCUGAUGACGGUGUCGCACCGCCGCAGCCUGUGGAAGUACCACAAGAAGAUUUUGCAGUUUGAUGGCCAAGGCAGUUACAUCUUUACUGGAUUGGACUGGGAACGGAGACUGAAAUUGGAAGAUGAGAAAGAAGAACUCGAUCUGCAGCUGCGCACCGUCCCCGAAUUACAGCGACGAGUCGCAGAAUUAACAGCAAAUUAG